AUGGCUUGUCCACUAAAGAAGAAUACAAUAGCACAAUUGCUUAUAGAGGAAGACAAUGAAGAAGAAAUUGUGUCGGAAAAAGAAGAUUUUGAAGAACAGAGUGAGCAUAAAAGUGAAACGGAGCAGGAAGCAAAUGAUUCAGACACACCCUCAGAUUUAGAAGAAAUUUUCCACCCUCGUCGGCCAUUAGAGUUAGAUCCACAGACUUAA